CUUGCAGAAGUGGAACUAGCUUUUACCGUUCACAUCAAAAUGUUAUAGGUCAGUGUUACUCUAAGUGACAAGGUGAGUACUUUACUCAGUGUCAUUAAGGACCAGAACCAGUUCAUGGAGUAUUGGGGCUGAUUCACGUGUAACUAACAAGAAGACGACUGAGAAGAACCAAACCUUAAACAUCUACAUGGUGACUGGGGAGGAACAAAUGGAGUUUGAUGAAGUUGCAGUUUAUUUCACAGAGAAGGAGUGGGGCUUUUUAACUGAAGAACAAAAAGAGCUUUAUAAGGAUGUGAUGAUGGAGAAUUACCAGACCCUCAGGUCUCUAGGAUUUGUUCCUAAGAAACCUUUACUUGUUACACAGAUUGAGCACAGAGAGGCGCCAUACGUGAGCAGUUUGCCUAUUACUAGAGGUGGAUUCACAAACUGUAAUAAUCCUAGUCAUGAUCGGAGUGCUGAUGCUUCUUUCAAUCUUUUUCAAAAUCAAAGAAGCCACACGGGAAACGUAUGUUCUGAAUGUGGAAAAUGUUUUACCUGGAAGUCUUUUCUUAUUAAGCACCAGAAAACUCAUACAGGAGAGAGAGAAUUUUCAUGUUCUGAAUGUGGCAAAUGUUUCACUCAGAAAUCAUCUCUAAUGGAUCAUAUGAAGGUUCAUACAGGAGAGAAAGCAUUUUCAUGUUCUGAAUGUGGGAAGUGUUUUACCUGGAGAUCAGCUCUUCAUAAACAUCUGAAAACUCAUACGGGAGAGAAAUCAUUUUCAUGUUCUGAAUGUGGGAUAUGUUUUACCUGGAAAGCAUAUCUUAUUAACCACCAGAAAAUUCACACAGGAGAGAAACCAUUUUCAUGUUCUGAAUGUGGGAAAUGUUUUAUUCGAAAGUCACAUCUUAUUACUCAUCUGACUAUUCAUACAAGAGAGAAAGCAUUUUCAUGUCCAGAAUGUGGAAAAUAUUUUACUCAGAAAUCAUCUCUUAUUAGGCAUCAGACAGUUCAUAAAGGGGAGAAAGGAUUUCCAUGUAUUGAAUGUGGAAAGUAUUUUACUCAGAAAUCAUCUCUUAAUAGGCAUCAGAAAAUUCAUAAAGGAGAGAAAAAAUUUUCCUGUUCUAAAUGUGGGAAAUGUUUUACUCAGAAAGGAUAUCUUCUUACUCAUCAGAAAAUUCAUUUUAAAGGAAAUUAGAGCUUAAUCACUUACAUGCAGAGGUGUGACGACUACAUGUCGUCUUCUGUAGAGCUCACUUUUGGAUUUGCACCUCAAGUGGUUAUGAAGUGGCUCAGUGUGUUUUCAUUUGAAUACCCAAAGGCCAUUGAUGAUAUGUUGAUAACCCCUUCUUUGAAAUUUAGGUACUGUUGAGGGCAUUAUAGUCAGUUGAUCACUGAAGUGACAGUGUUUCUCUAGCUGGAAUUAAAAUGUACCAGGUGUACAAGGUGAGCCACUAGAUUAGCAUCAAAUGUGCAAGAGGCACCCAGAAGACCUUGUCUGGAUUAUGAUGGACCCUGGAUGUAUAGAAUGCACUGUACUGAAGUAUGCUUUUGAUUUUCAAUAGCUAAUUUCUAUAGAACAACAAUGGUUUUUUUGUUUUCUUAAUUUCUGCUUAUUUUGGGGAGGUUACCUAAUACAAUUAUAGAUCUACAAAUGGUUUGACUACACAGCUGACAAACAAAAGCCACGCACUGUAACCAGUUUGUUAAAAUUAUAAUAAAAAUAUGAAUGUGG